AACUGCCCUCUGAAACCACCCUAUAUUCAAGGAGUGGAAUUGAAUUUGUCACGGCUUUAUUAUACGGUUGUGUCGUUUGGAGGAUGGCAGAAAGUUGGGGGAGGGGGAUUCCCCGAGGUGUCUGGUCGUGGGAACGGGCUGAUUCUCACGCUCGGGGGAAUCCCCUGCCGUCUGGCGGAAUCAGCUGAUCGAGACAGGCUGGUGGUAUUUGGCGGCAGUGGUAUCACAAGGAGAGAAAUGGGGGGACGUAGCCCAGGCGAUGGGGGUCUCAGAGGGGGUGGCAGUCUCCGAAUACGCGGUGAAGGUGUUGUAUAUGAGAUAUCUAUCGAAAUACGAACAGAACGAGUUGGUGGGGGAUGCGGAGGAUACGGAAACGGAUUUAUUGGGGUCGAGGAGCCGGGGGAAGGGGUUCUCUUCGCUGGCCACUGCGGACUGCCCUACUUUUUUCGAGUGAGGACGGAUAGAAAGGAGGCGGAAUAUGACCGAAUAGUGAAGAGUUUGAUGAGUGGACUGCCGAAUGAGUGUGUUUGUAGAGCAGUUUUAACUAAUUUUGAGCUAAUUGGCGGUGUGCCAAUAUUUGAGAUUGGCAUUGUGCCAAAAUUUGUUAACGCGAACAAAAAAAUUGAGAUUGCACGCGAAGAGGUGGAGCUAUUCAACGGCAUCGAGACGGAACUGGAGCCGCGCGACGCGGUCUCGUGGCGCGUGCAGCAGGUCGUCUCGAUAAUGCGAAAUUUGUCGUUCGAGGUGAUCAACAAGGGGGUGAUGGCGGCGAAUUGGCCGUUAUUAAAGUAA